AUGGAGAUGGACAACAACCUUCUUACGGCAAUGGUGGAAAGAUGGAGAAAAGAAACGCACACAUUCCACCUUCUAGAGGGAGAGAUGAAGAUUACGUUGAAGGAAGUAGCCAUGCUGACAGAGCUUCCAAUCGAUGGUGAUGCAAUAAUAGAAAGUUCACAGAAACCAUUGAACGGUUGGGACCAAUUUAUAAGCGAGCGUUUAGGUAUCAACAUCCCCGAGGAAGCACAAGAAGGUCGUCGUGUACCACCUCUACACAAGUCUAUGGUAUUGAUACCUUGGCUAGUGAGGACCGUUGGGGAAUUACCGGAGGAUGCCACGGAUGCUCAGAUAGAGAGGUAUGCUCGCAUCUACCUUAUUUGUUUGGUUGGAGGAUUUUUGUUUCCGAACAAGUCUGGUGGAAAUAUGCAUUGUAUGUGGCUUCGAGUUCUUUUGGGAGAUUGGGACGAGAUUGGGAGAAAAAGUUGGGGAUCUGCUUGUUUGGCGAUGAUAUAUUCGGAGUUGUGCAAGCGUACGGAUCAGAAAACAAAGCAAGCGGGUGGUCCCAUGUUCAUCCUCCAACUAUGGGUUUAA